AUGGAGAAAGCAAGCAGAGCUAUCCGACGGAGCGGCAUCCGUCUCAAGUCUAUGAAUCCAAAACACAAGGAACUCGCCCUUAUCAUUUCCGGGAUGAGGGAUAUCCGGAGCGGAUUGAGAAACUUCCAGAAUGCUCAGACUUUGAUGAUGCAGGAUAUGGUGGUGUGGUCACGAACUGAUGAAAAUCGCGCGAUCCAGGACGUGAUGGAAAGAAUCAAUGAGCUGAAUUUUCUUUGGGCAGAUUCUCUUCAACAUUUCUUUGAAACGCUGAGGACCUUCAGACAACAAUGCGAAAUGAUUCUCGAAGGCGAGAAAGUUGUUGACACAGCAAGAGCCGAUCUCGCGCGAGCUGAGCGGAAAGAGCGCAAAAUCAAGACGAACAUCAAGAAAAUCUCAAAAAAAGCUCCAUCCGAGAAAAUGAUGACCAUCGAGAUGGAGUUGUCCAAUGCAGAACGUGCCAAAGACUUGGCUCAUUUCGAAGCUGUGCAAAAAGUCCAAGAGAAUGAAGUCUGUAAAAUGAUUCGACUCAAAGAAGGAUUGACGAAACUCACCGAGAGCUACAUAGAACUGGCGCACAAAAUGGCGAUUGUGUUCGAUGCUCAGAAAGACGUCGUCCAGGCUAUACCCGAGGUAAACGACACGGCGAUCCAUGAACUCAAGUACAUGGGUGGCACCUCAACCAAGCUGGCCGUCGAAGAGGCGAAGAAUCGAAUCGAGAAAUACCGUACACUGAAGUUCAAACUAUUGCCCCAAGGAAUCGCUGAACUCCCGCCACCUUAUAGUCUCGGCUCCCCAGCUCCGGAAUCAAGACCGACAUCCAAACCAGAAGGAGUCUCGUACGGAGCUCAAGGGAGCGGGUUCGAGCCCACAGUGCCGCCCUACGAGGAGCGAGAAGCCUUCGAGGCGAAUUCUUCAAGCGACGAUGGUUAG